AAAAGGAAAGGCACAGAGUUCCUCCCACACGGCACUUCGAAAUCCCGAUGCGUUGACCAAAAAACCCAAACCCAACACACACAGAGAGAGAGAGAAGCGAUUUCUACGGUUCAGAAAUGGACGUCUCAGCUCACACCUCCGACACCGUGAUGUCAGACGCCGUGGCGGCGGCGGAUCAACCGGCGGCCGGCGGCGAGAGCAUCCCGGCCAUGCUCAGCCACGGCGGGAGAUUCAUCCAAUACAACAUAUUCGGAAACAUCUUCGAAGUGACCUCCAAAUACAAACCCCCCAUCAUGCCCAUCGGCAAAGGCGCCUACGGCAUAGUCUGUUCGGCUUUGAAUUCGGAGACGGGUGAGCAUGUCGCAAUCAAGAAGAUUGCGAAUGCUUUCGACAAUAAAAUUGAUGCGAAGAGGACUCUACGGGAGAUCAAGCUUCUACGCCACUUGGAUCAUGAAAAUGUUGUUGCAAUUAGAGAUAUAAUACCACCACCUCAAAGGGAGUCAUUUAAUGACGUUUACAUUGCAUAUGAGCUUAUGGACACUGACCUCCAUCAAAUCAUUCGUUCCAAUCAAGCAUUGUCAGAGGAGCAUUGCCAGUAUUUUUUGUAUCAGAUCCUUCGAGGAUUGAAGUACAUACAUUCAGCAAAUGUUCUGCACAGGGACUUGAAGCCUAGCAAUCUUCUCUUGAAUGCCAAUUGUGAUUUGAAAAUAUGUGAUUUUGGACUAGCACGUGUUACUUCUGAAACUGAUUUCAUGACAGAAUAUGUUGUCACAAGAUGGUACAGGCCACCAGAAUUGUUGUUGAAUUCAUCCGAUUAUACUGCGGCAAUUGAUGUAUGGUCAGUGGGUUGCAUAUUCAUGGAAUUGAUGGAUCGGAAACCUCUAUUUCCUGGGAGAGAUCAUGUGCACCAGCUACGUUUGGUUAUAGAGUUGAUCGGCACCCCAUCAGAGGCUGAAUUGGAGUUUUUUAACGACAAUGCAAAGAGAUACAUGAGGCAACUUCAACCUUACCGCCGGCACUCAUUUGCUGAAAAGUUUCCACAUGUGAACCCCGCCGCUAUUGACCUUGUUGAGAAGAUGUUAACUUUUGAUCCUAGACAGAGAAUUACAGUCGAGGACGCUCUAGCUCAUCCGUACCUGACAUCACUCCAUGACGUCAGCGACGAGCCUAUUUGCAUGACUCCUUUUAACUUUGACUUCGAACAUCAUGCCUUGACUGAGAAACAGAUGGGGGAGUUGAUUUACAGAGAAGCACUUGCUUUUAACCCGGAGUAUCAACAAAUGUGAAGAGCCAUAUAGUACUUGCAUCUUGUGGUUUUCAAUCAGUAUGUGUGCCGAUGUAAUAUGAUACGAUGAUUAUUUCUUCAUUAUUGAGUGUAUAUAUAUGUGUGUGUAUGUUCCUCGAACUGAAUAAUUGAAACAUUCGAUUGUAGGACAACUAUUUUUUCCGGUAUUAGUACAGCUGAUAUGGUGCUGCUAUGGCAAUGUUCCCCCUCUUAUCAAUUUAUUAGGAGCUGAAAUGCUGAUGGA